AUGUUUAAAUUAGGUGGAUUCAAGGCGUCAUUUAAUUUACUGUCCGGAAAGAAGAACAACAAAGACCAGUGUGAAAGAACUUCUGAUGUACAAAUCUUGGGUGUUUACAGGAGUAACCGAGAGGAUUAUUAUGGUAACCAAAAUCCAACUGCACCCAGGAAGAUAACUCCAUCAAUGGUGAAAUUGCCACAUACAUCGCAUUCGACACAAGGAGUCAAACCAUCAAAGAGUACCAGUGACUUAUCCAAACUCAGCGACAUACCACAAAACGUAAGAAAAAGCACAGGCGACCUUGCCUCGUCUACCCGCGAACAUAAAACAACCAAGGAAAUAAAAAACCAAGAAAAGGAACAACGAAAAUUAGAUAAACAAAAAUUGGCAGAGCAAAGGAAAAGGGAGAAGUUGGCAGCAAGCGAGCGAGAGAAACAGGAGAAGUUGAAAAGAGAAAAAUUCAAACUUGAAACACAGCAGAAGCAGCAAACACAAGAAAGACCACCAAAGAAAGAGAAGAUAAAAGCGCCCGCUCCCCAACCACAAGUUACUCCAUUAUCUCAAACGCCGGUACCAUACUCUAGUAACACUCUAGAAAGUUCCAUAAGUCGCAGUACCGGUCCACCGCCGUACUCCAAAACUCCGGAAGUGAUACCGAACCAAAAUGACAACACCGGUAACACGAGCUUCGGUAAACCAGUGGACGGUCCAAGCAGUUGGGACCUGGUGUCUGAACACAGGCAGCAACUAAAUAGGCCUAUAGCUGCGUCUAGCAAAAAGAUGAAAAGCACGGUUCUUGAUUUAGGCUACAACGUUGGUAAUAUGCGAACUUCAGCGGAAGUCGAUAACAGCGAAGCAUAG